AAAAUGUUUCACAAAUCUAGUUGUUGUUUUUAAAAGUGUUUUAGCAUGUCUAAAACUGUGAGAUUGAUUUACAGUAAUAAUUAUGACAAUGAAUAUAUAAACUAGUAACUAUUAAAUAUAUAAAAAUAUAAACAAUCAGUAACAAAUUAUUGAAAUAAAUAAGAUUUAAGCGAAUUAAUUUGAUAUUGUGGUACAAGAGUUUUUAAAUGAAGAUUUCUGUGGCCUCAUUUAUCGUUCCAAUAAAACUAUGCCUACAAAUGCAGUCAUUAAUGAAGCAAAUGAAACAGAAAAACGCUAUCCAAAUGGAUUUCAUAUUGAUAAAGAAAAAUUUGAGAACAGUAUUCCAUGGAGUACAAUAAAUGGAUAUUCUGAAACUCUACCAGAGGUAUGUACUACGAUCAGAAUACCGUUUGAUAAAAGUGAAUCUCAAAAACACAAAAGUAAAUGCGUAUAUGGCUUGCUUGUUUUUGCUUUGUUCUCUUUGGUGGUUACAUUUAGUACGCUGUAUGCACUGGAAUUUAGAAAAAAAAAGGUUUCUGAAAAUAAGAUAACCAAAAUUCCGUUGCAAACAUCAGAGCCGUGUUUUGAAAGAGUAUAUGCGAAAAGUAUUUCUAACAUUAUAAAUUACUCAGAAUAUCAGGAAGCUGUUCUAUCUUCAAAAAGCGAAAUUGGACCAGAGUUAUUUAAUGGGAAAUAUGAAGCAGUUUCCAUCACUGUGACAUAUUUUGGAGAAGAAAUUUGGAAAUUCAAUUAUUCUUAUACAACAAACAAAAAUCUUAACACUGAUACUCCCUUUCCUAUUGCAAGCGUUAGCAAGAUUUUUACGGUUUUAAUGCUUCAUAAAUUAGUGGAACUUGACAUUAUAAAGAGUAUAGAUGAUCCAGUGCAGAAGUAUAUGCCAAUCUUUUUCAUUAAAAACAAAUUCAACAGUAAAAACAUUACUUUUAGGCAUUUAGCAUGUAUGAUGGCUGGUAUUCAGAGAGAAGCUCCUUGUUAUCCAUAUACAAAUAUUAGCACUUGUCCCUUUAAUAAUACUGUUAUGCUUGAGAGAAUACAAAAACUUUCACUUAAACUUCCACCAAAGCAAACUCCAUCAUACAGCAAUCUUGCAGCAUCGAUUCUUGGACGAGUUUUGGAAGAUAUUGUUGGAAGAAAUGUAACUUUAGAAGCAUGGAUGGAUGAAAAUAUAAUUAAACCACUUAAUAUGACAAAUACUGGUUACAAUAUACAUUCUAGAAUAAAAGAUAUUCCCAAAAGCUAUAAUUCGGAUGGAUCUAUUGCUGAAAUACUAGACUGGGGAUGGUCGAGACCUAGUGGGGGAAUGUUUUCAACAACUCAUGACCUUGGUAAGUUGAGUUCUGUAUUUUUCUCAGUAUCCGAUAUAUUCAGUUUAAGUGAACGCUCACUAAAUGAACUGUUUGCACCAGCAUUUACAUGGUCUGAUAACAGCGCUCAAGGUUGUCCAUUUGAAAUAGCUACUUUAGAUCCAUUCAACCCAGAAAAUAAAAAAACUGCAUACAUUAACUUUGCAAAAGAUGGAUAUGUACCUGGAUAUGGGACUAUGUUUAACUUGGUACCUGAUUUAAAGCUUAAUGUCAAUGUAAUGGUAGCUAGCAAUGAAAGUCAAGCCGCCCCUAUCUCUAAAAUUGUUGUUAAAAAUUUUAGUAAAGCAGUUGACCAAAUACUAAAAAAAAAAAAAGAGUAUAUACCACCACCCGAUUUUAAAUACUACAUUGGCGAGUAUAAACUCCAAACUAAAUGGCCUUUAAUACAAAAACCUGUUCGCGUAUACGAAGAAAAUAAUGUUCUGCUGAUUAAUAUUGAGUGGUUUACAGCGAAGCUUAGCUAUGUGGAAAAUAGAACUUUAGAAACAGUAAACUACGAAAAGGAUCAAUUAAACCAACGUUGCGAAAUACUUGGACUUGGUGUUCUGCACGAAAAGUACCAUUUUUUUCCAACGUUAGGGGAAAUGGAAAGUCAAGGUUUUAAAACAGAUGCAAUUGCCAUUUAUGGAUUCGCUGAAUUUCGAAGGAUAUAGUAGUCUUUAUUCAGCUGUUGUUAAUAAAACAGUAGACUUGUAUAUACAUUAACACAUGUGUAUAUAGUGUAAUAAUAUGAAAAGAUAAAUAAUUUGAUAUGUUAA